AUGACAGUGCGGGAGCUCAAGGAGGAGCUGGACCUGAUGGUCGGCAUCCCCUUCAACCUACAGCGGCUGCACUUCCUGGACCAAGGGAUUUUGAUGGAUGACGCCAUCCUCAAGUUCUACGACGUCAUUCCCGGAGCAGUCAUCUCACUAUGUAUCUGGCAUUAUGAUGGUUGGACAGAACUGGUUUUGGCAGCCGUGGAAGGGGAUCCCAGUAAGGUGGUUACAUGCUUCUUUCAAUAUUAG